AUGACUAAUCAAAUACAAAGUCAAUCUGUCUUAACCCAAAAACAUUAUUGGGAUAAAUUUUAUCAAGAUGAACUAAAGUUAUAUAAUGAAUUAGGAAUUAGAGGUGAAGAAUGGUUUGAUAUUUAUAUAGAAUCUAUUAUACAAUGGAUAAAGUCAAUUGAAUCAAUUAAUUCAAAAUCCCUUUUACUAGAUAUUGGAUGUGGUAAUGGUAUGUUUUUAAUAGACUUAGUUAGAGCUAUUAAUUUAGAAAAAGCUGUUGGAAUAGAUUAUAUAUCAUCAGCAAUUGAACUAGCUAAAAAAAUUGUAAAUGAAGAACAACUUUCUUCAAAAAUAGAAUUAUAUCCUAUAGACCUUUUAUCUGGUCAUCUUGUUAGUAAUAAAAUUAAUUUUAAAAAUAAAGAAAUUUACAAAGAUAUUGGAAUUUUCGAUGUAAUCGUAGAUAAAGGUACCUAUGAUGUCUUUGUUAUGAAAAAUGAGACAAUAAAAUAUAGGCAAAGUAUUCUUAGAUACCUAAAAUCUGAAAGUAUACUUAUCAUAACAUCCUGUAAUUCUACUCCAGAUGAAUUAAUUGAAGAAUUUACAUCAAAUAGCAAAUUUACAGUGUUAUCAAAUCUACGGCAUAAGACUUUUUCAUAUAGUGGUUCUCAAGGACAAGUCUUGGCUUCUGUAGCUUUUAAAUAUUGUGAAUAG